ACCGCAGACCAGAAAAAGGAUUCUAUUCGUUGAAUCAGGAAUGGAAUUUCUUUCCCUGCCGCGCGAAAAUUAACCAUCCAAAUUAAUUAAUCGGGUCGCUGAGCCCUCCGCCUUUUCUGAAGCUUUCCCCUAUAUAUAGAUCAGCCCCAAAACCCUAACUCGCCACACCCAAUUCAAGCGAUCUUCCACCUUAACUCAGAGCCUCUCUCUCUCUCUCUCUCUCUCUCUCUCUCUCUCUCUCUCUCUCUCUCUCUCUCUCUCUCCGCCACACAAUCCUAGACAAGCUAUCUUCUUGGGUUUCUUAAGUGAUUGCACAUUGCUUCGCACUAUCUGUAUCCAAAUCUUUACAGAAUCUAUAUGAGGCUGAUGGGUCAGUCCCUUCUAACCUCAUACAGUUGUUCUUGAUUUUUAUCUUCUCUUUCCUAUCAAAUCCCUGGUUUUGAAAUGCAAGCUUCGUUGAAGCUGUUCUUUCCGGGAUUCUGAAUUGGUUUUAUUCGAAUUUCGAAUAGCAUUAUAUAUUCGUAGAUAUAUACAUAUAUAUUUCAAUCCGUAAUGGCAAUUCCAUUCCUUCAUAUUAUUGGGUCUGAUAAACCAGCCAUGGAAACUGGUAUUAUGGUCCCUCAAUCUUCACCGUCGCCGUCCGUGUCCGCACGCCCUCCGGUGAUUCUGACUCAGGACGAGUUGAAGAAAAUCGCCGCGUACAAGGCGGUUGAGUUCGUGGAAUCGGGUAUGGUUUUGGGUUUAGGAACCGGGUCGACGGCGAAGCACGCCGUGGAUCGGAUUGGCGAGCUUUUGCGGCAAGGUAAGCUAAAGAACAUUAUAGGAAUACCCACAUCGAAAAAGACCCAUGAACAAGCUGUUUCUUUGGGAAUUCCUCUCUCCGAUCUGGACUCCUACCCUGUUGUCGAUCUCGCAAUCGACGGCGCAGAUGAGGUCGACCCGUAUCUUAAUUUGGUCAAGGGACGAGGCGGUUCUCUUCUCAGGGAGAAGAUGAUAGAGGGGGCGUGUAGGAAAUUUGUAGUUAUAGUUGAUGAGACGAAGCUUGUACCCUAUUUGGGUGGUAGUGGACUUGCUACGCCUGUAGAGAUUGUGCCAUUCUGCUGGAAAUUCACGGCGGAUAGGCUCCAACAAUUAUUUGAGGAUGCUGGUUGUGUUGCAAAACUAAGGAGAUUUGUGGAUAAUGGUGAACCGUUUGUGACAGAUAAUGGAAAUUAUAUAGUAGAUUUGUAUUUCAAGAAAGAUAUUGGGGAUUUGAAGGCUGCGAGUGAUGCGAUGCUUCGACUGGUAGGUGUUGUUGAGCACGGGAUGUUUCUUGACAUGGCUACUACUGUUAUUGUCGCAGGUGAGCUCGGUGUCACUGUGAAGAAUAAGUAGGGGCUGAAAAGCACAAGGUUCACUGGUAGUUUAAGACAUAUUCUAAAUUAUAUUUUUGUUUCCAAGACAGUUGGAGGCAAUUUUUGUUGGGUACCAUUGUAAUGGGUAAGGUUUGGGGUUUUUAGUACCCAAUAAUUGUUUAGUGGGGGAUUUCUCAAAUUUCUUGAGAUUGAUAUAGCAACAACAAUUGACCCUUUACUGGUCAUGAUAAACUUGGCUUCAUUGUUUGCAGGAUGUUCCUAACCCUAAUGAUAAACUUCAAUUUACUAGAA